AUGUCAAGGAACGGAGAAACCUCGCCGACCAUGGCUCUAGAGAGAGAAUUGGAGGAGGGAGAGGAAGACGACGAGGAUGUAAUGCUGAAAUUGCGAGAAAGAGACGAUGACGGCAUAAACAGCUGCAACGCCGCCCCGUCGCCGUCGCUGUGGAGUCGGAAAAUGGUCGUGGAGGAGGUAGUGAGGGUGCUGACCGUCGGGGAUCUGAGAGCAAGGAUCGAGGCGGAGAGGGACGUGAGGAGGCUCGUGAGGAAGUCCACCAGCGUUAAUUCCAAAUCCGCCAUCCGCUGCCGGUUCGCUGCAGCCGGAGUUAUCGAGCCGCUCGUUUCGAUGCUCCACAUCUCGUUUCCCCUUGCCGCCCGCGAGGCGGCGCUGCUCGCGUUCCUCAAUCUGGCUGCUCGCAAUCAGAGAAACAAGAUCAGGAUCGUGACAACUGGCGCAGUCCCACCCCUCCUCGACCUCCUCAAGCACCAAGCUGACAACCUGAGGGAAUUAUCCGCUGCUGCAAUCCUAUCACUAUCGUCUGCACCACCCAACAAGCCCACCAUAACAGCUUCCGGGGCCCACGUUCAAUUGGUCUGGAUCCUGUGCUCGGGCAGCGUUCAGGGACGGGUGGAUGCAGUCACGGCCCUCUACAACCUCUCAACCGCUGAGGACGAACCCAAACUGAACCUUGACCCAAGGGCCGUGCCCCCACUAAUCAACCUCUUGAAAGAAUGCAAAAAAUACUCCAAAUUCGCCGAGAAGGCGAGUUUCCUCUUGGAGAUAUUCUCGGGCCCUGAAGAGGGUCGGAGCUCACGGGACAAGUAUCGGGAGCUUAUUCUCAACGAGGGUGCUAUCCCGGGCCUUUUGCGCUUGGCAGCCGAGAGUACCCCAACCGCCCAGGAAGGGGCUCGGAUGUUAUUGGAUUUGCUCAGGGAUUCGCCUCCUGAGAAGAGACUCACCAUGUUGGAACUCGAGAGGAUUGUGUACGAUUUUGCUGCGCAUAUUGACGGGAAGGGAAAGGUCGUGGAGACUGCUAAGAGAUUGUUGCAUGAUAUGGCUCAGAAGAGUGCAGAGGCUGGGUUGUGCCGAGUGAAGAUCAAAACUUCGUCUUGA